AAAUUUCCUUUGUCUUUCCUUCUUCCCCUCUUCCUUUUCCACAGAUCUUCCGUCUUUCCAAAUUCUUGUUCUGAUUCCCAUAUCUUUCCUCUGAAAUUCUUCCACUAGCGAGCCUUUUCUUCUUCUUCUUCUCUUCUAUCCCCACUCUUUUAUUUUUUUUACAAUCGGUUUGGCUUUAAACCCAUCUUAAUUAUGCUUUAUUUUUAGUGUUUUCUGCUUUUACCUUACCUGUUUUUGAUUGGUUUUUGUGGUUAGUGGUUUAUGGGAGCCAGGGAAGCUUGCUUUGACGGGCUUCAUACUUUUCAUUUCUAGGGUUUUAAGCUUGUUUUAUGAACUGGGUUCUUCAAAUUACCUGUGGAAGUGAACUUAGGACUUUUGAUUUUCAGCUUUCAGCUAAGAAUUUGAUGAUUCUGGGGGUUUUGCUGUUAGCUUUGGACUGGAAAAGCUAUGUUUUUAGUGUUUUGACUUCUGGAAAAAUUGGGCCUUUAGCUGGUCAUAUGAGAUAAUUAGAAGUCUUUAGUAUCUUGCAUAAAUAGCUGGAAAAGCUAUUUAUUCAACUCUUGCCUGAAAAUUGAAGCUUUCAUUGUCUCACUGGAAAUACAAAGUUAAGUUCCUAUUCAGGGAAGAUCAACCUCCAGAGGAUGGAUUUCUGUUCCUCACGCACUCUCCAUGGAUUUUCUGCCCUCAAAAGUGAUGUGAUGCUUACUUGACUGAGUACCACCCUCGCAGCGGAGUUCUGAAACUUUUUUGUCAACCUCAACAAUUUCUUGGGGUCCCAUGGAUGAUGGUGGGCAUCGUGAUCAUGGAAGACUCAAAACAGAUCAGUAUAGAACAGCUCAGGGUCAGUGGCUGAUGCAUCAGCCAUCAAUGAAGCAGAUAAUGGCCAUUAUGGCUGAAAGAGAUGCAGCUAUUCAAGAAAGGAAUUUAGCACUUUCUGAGAAAAAGGCAGCUAUUGCUGAGAGAGAUAUGGCAUUCUUGCAGCGAGAUGCAGCAAUUGCUGAGCGAAAUAGUGCCAUAGCGGAACGUUAUAAUGCCAUAGCAACUCUUCAGUAUAGAGAGAACUCCUCAGCAUCUGGUAAUAUGUCAUCUUGCCCACCAGGGUGCCAAAUCUCUCGUGGGGCAAAGCACAUGCAACAUCCACAGCAAAAUGUUCACCAUCUGCCCCACAUUAGCGAAGCUUCUUACAACUCAAGGGAAAUGCAUUCAAGUGACACCCUACCAGUGACACCAAGUACCUCUGAAGCUGCAAAGUCAAGACAGGGCAAACGAGCAAAAGAAGCCAAGCUAAUUGCACCUAACAAGAAGGCAUCAAAGCCUCCGAAAAAGGUGAAACGAGAGAAUGAGGACUUGAAUAAGAUUAUGUUUGGCAAGUCACAUGAGUGGAAGGGUGGACAAGAUGUGGGUGGUGGGGGUGAUGAUCUCAACAAACAGCUUGUGACAACAAAGUCUGUUUGGAAAGUUCAGGAACUGGGGUUGAAUCAAGUUGCAUUUGAUGACUCAACCAUGCCACCUCCUAUUUGUUCUUGCACUGGUUUCCCAAGGCAGUGCUACAAAUGGGGAAGUGGGGGAUGGCAAUCUUCAUGUUGCACAACCACCUUGUCAAUGUAUCCUUUACCAGCGUUACCUAACAAACGACAUGCCCGAGUUGGUGGCAGAAAGAUGAGUGGAAGUGCUUUCAACAAGCUGCUUAGCCGUCUUGCAGCUGAAGGUCACGAUUUGUCCAAUCCUGUUGAUCUUAAGGACCAUUGGGCCAAGCAUGGGACAAACCGCUACAUCACGAUCAAGUAGGUUGUUAAGAUACAUUACCGAAUGCUUAUGACAUGGGUAAUGGAGAAAUAGAUAAAAGUCAUUUGACGCUCAGGUAAGCAUCCUUGGUCGUUUUAGCAGUGAGGAGCCUCUGAUCUCUCCGUCUCUACUGCUGCUAUCCUCCCUUAGCAUUUUAUUAGCUGAUGUUCGCAUUUAGUAGGAGUGAGGACUGACUGAUAGUUGAAGAGAGAAUGAAGGGUAUGUCGCAUCCAUUUUCUUUGCCAAAUCCAACCAUGGAAAUUGAUGGGGGUGUCAACUUUGCACUAUGUUACCUGUAACUCUACUUCAUUGUAAAAGCAUUGUGCCUCAACAUCUUGUUGUACUUGAAUGAAAUGUCAAUUUAUAAGCUCAAUCCAUCAAUUUCCUUCUCCAAACGCUAUGACAAGCUGUUGAUAAUUUGAUUGGAUUCUUGAAAUCACAAAAAUUAGCAUCAUUUGUUGAUUCCUUAUUUCAAUUUCAAGGUCUCUUCAAAAUCUUUUGUAAAUCCAAAUUCUGAUUUAUAAACUGAAACCUAUUUUUCCAAAACAUAAUCGAAUCAAUAGUACCAAUCGGAGCAGACAUGUAAAACAAAACUCAAUCUUUGUCUAAAAACCAUAGUUCAGUUCAGUCUGUGUCAGAUCACAAGAUGUCAUCAUAACCAAAAUCAGCCAGGGAUAACUGAUUUCAAAAUUUUCUCAUCAUACACAGCACUGUAACAAAACAUUAAAUAUAUUUAUUAUAAUAUAAUAAUGGGAAAAAUAAAUUCCACCCAAAUUUCAAAAGCUGAAAACAAGAUAAUAAAUAAUAAUAAUAAAAAAAAGCCUCAGACCGUCCUAGUUCGUGAGUUUCCACAAAUUCAUGCAGAACCAAUAGAACUGCAUUUCAGAAAGUCUCCAUGGUUUCAUCAUUGGCUU